UCUGAGUCCUCGAGUAGGAAACGUUGUUACAGCGACAGCUUUGUUCAGGAGGGAAUAAAGGAGGACGCCGCACACAAUGCCGAGGGUUCAAUCAUCAAAGAUCUUCUUCUGAAAACUUCUAAUACCGCGAACGGACCGUUGCCGGAGGCUGCCGGUAUCGACAAUCUGACGUGUCCCGCGUGCAACAUCCCGUACACUAGCGUAGACAACCUAGAGACUCAUCGUAGGUACUAUUGCAAGGGCACUGGUAGUCCCCGAAGGGCAGAUUAUCCCGGCGAGCUGGAGAAACGCGGAGAGUCCGACUUUGACUCCAAGUCUUCCGAAUCUUACUACGGCACCUUGCAACCGUUACCCUCGCCGGGUCCUCUGCUGGGUAACACUCGGCUGGUCGACGCAUACGCUCCACCCACGAAGAAACCACGAUUGGAGACUGUGCCGACCAGCCUGAGGUCGCUGGAAGAGCUCAGCAAGUACCCGCGUCCAAAUUCCCUGCAGAUGUUCGGCGGCGAGGUGAGAAUUCUCGACAACACGGGCGAAACAAAAACCAUGAGAAUCGAGCCACGGCAGACCAACUCGCCCACCAGCGAGCACAUAGUGAGUAGCAAGUGCGUAACCUCAGAGACGGCGUCGGUAGUAGUCAAGUCCGGACUGCACUCGGGUGGCACCAUGGUUCACAAGCCACCAGGUACGCCGGUUAGCACACCGAGUUCCUCCAUAUCUCUACCCAACGUACCGAAGAUGCUGGCGCCCAUCAUACCGAACAUAUCAACCCCCAAUAUAGCGCCAAAUAUGUCCUGCUACAACUACCUGGAGCCGCAUUUGAACCCACUGACCAAUAUCACUGCCUACAAUCCGUUGACGUUGCCACAAGCAGGCAUCACCAAUAUCCUCCAUGGCGGUAAAAUAAUACCCUAUGUUCCCGGCAUGCCUGGGCCGCAUACUCUAACCGGCAUACCGAACAUAGACAUAUCUCCGAGUGUGACGUCCGAUGAAGCCGGCUACAAGGUGAUACCAGGUCUACCGGGUCUACAUAUGGUACCCCAACCUCUGAACUUGGCCAGUCCGGUAAAGGUACAAGCUGGCGUGCCUGUGCCGUCUGGUAUACUCGGACUGUUACCCGGACCACCCUCCGUGUUGGACCAGCCUCUGGAUCUGGCAAGCCCGGCCAAGGAAUCCAAGAGCAGCUUCAAAACUCCCAGCGGUGACGGUUCAAAAAGCGGCUUGAUCAGCCCCAAAGUUCCUAAUGUUAAGAUCGAGACCUCGACGGAUAAAUAUCGCGCAAAGAUGCCGUCGAUGCCCACCGGGGAAAUCGGUAAAACGGAGCUCGAUCGUCAUAUCAAGAAUGGCGUGGCGGUGAAGUACAAGAGUAUAGAGAGUCCCCGGGAAAGAAGAGAGUUUACAUACGACAAGAGUCCGAAGCAUUCGGACAAAACUCCCGGUUAUCCAAAUGGCAUGGAUACGGUGAAUUCCUCUAGUUCUUACACUACUAAAUUGAGGUACUCGCCCAAAACUGUUGCUGCUGCUACCACUACUACCACAACCACCACCACCACCACCACCACUACCAUCACCACCACUACCACCACUGCUACUACUAUUACUACUACUGCUACUGCUACUACCAGUACUACUACUACCACUACUACUACUACUGCUACUACGGAAAGCAGAAAAAGGCCGUCCAAUUGGGGUGCAAGUGAGGUAGACGCUGGCAGGGCAUCGGCUGAUACGCACAUCGCCAUCUCCAAAUAUGAUCUGCCGCCUCAUGAAAAUGGCCGAUUGAAGAGUAGUCUCUGUGACGGACGAGCGAAGCUCGUAGACGGUUGCGACGCGUUCAACGGGGCCAAAACGAAAGUUGCCGAGCCUGUACCGUCGGUGAUACUUGUGAACCUAGAUUCCUCCAAAACAGAAGUGCCAACGAAAACUUCCGUAGAGAUAGUAAUUACUAAGGACAAGCCCGAGGCCAAAUCGCCAAAGAGUAGCUGCGGCAGUGAAGUCAUCGAGGAAGCGACCAACUCUAACAAGUUUGUGAGACCUACGUCGCUACCGCUCAAGCCCGGCACGUUCACGCCGAAGAAGCAUCACGGGAUCACGCCAACGGCGAACACACUUCCUCUCAUCAGUCCGGAGACUCCGCGACCCAAAAAGUCGUACGGACAACUGUAUCUAAAUGGGCACGCCUACACAUAUCUGGGAUUAAAGUGUUCCACCAGAGUGUUCUAUUGCACCUUGAAUCGACCGCAACCGAUGUACGUUACGCAGCAACACGGUCUGUCGAUGUACUCCAACUGGAAAAUAUGCAAGGAGGCACCGUCAGACGUAGACAUGGCGCACUACGACUCCCGGCACAGGCCUUCCAACUACACCACCGCUUGGAAAAAGCAGGAAGACAUUCUGACACACUCCUCGCAAAGACCAACCACUCCCACGAGUCCGGACAGCGGCUUGGAGAGUGAUAUGCAGGAGAAAGCCAAAAAAAUGACGAUAUUCGACGGAGGUUAUGAGAGCAACGAGGAUUACACCUAUGUGCGCGGAAGAGGUCGAGGACGUUACGUCUGUAAAGAAUGUGGUAUUCGGUGUAAGAAACCAUCUAUGCUGAAGAAACAUAUCAGAACGCAUACAGAUGUUAGGCCGUACACCUGCAAGCACUGUGCCUUCAGUUUCAAGACAAAGGGCAACCUCACAAAACAUACCAAGUCCAAGGCUCACUACAAGAAAUGCGUGGAAUUAGGCGUGGUACCGGUACCCACGACUGCCUGUGAUGAGAGUGCCGACAAGGAGGCCAUGGUGCAGUCAACCGCCGGUGGCGGCAACGCGGAGGAAUCGUCGGAGGAGGAAGAAGAGAGCGACGGUGAAGAGAGCGAAGAGUCCGGUAGCGAGGAGCAAGAGGCGGCGCAGAGUCUACUGAGUCUCUCGCAACGUAACAACCCAAACAGGCUGCCAGGCUUGCUGCCGUCGGGAAGACCCACAACAUAUCCGUACGCUCUGACCCUACCGAUCUCGCCGACAACUUCCACGGUGAACGUCGUAUCCACCGCGGCGAGCGCAUCGACUAUGAGUGGUCCGAACGUGACCACCAACCAAGGAACAACUUUGAUUCAAAGCGAAUUAUCGCAUCGUUAUUACUUCCCGUCGAACCGAACGGCGUCGGAAGAAUCGAGGAGCAGUGUCAUCCAAUCGACCUCGAAGAAGGACGACUCGGAUGUCGAGAUGGAGGUCGAAAUGAGUAACGACAUCGGCGACAUUGUAGAAUCGUCGUGUCACCAAUCUAUGUCUCAGCCGAUGGACUUGACGACGAAGCAGACGGUUCAAUCGGCGUUGCCAUCGCCGAUCCCGCAACGGGCCAGGCCGGCGGAUAUCCUGACUCCCGUCUCGGAACCAGUCCUCUUGCAGACGAUAGUCCAGACGAUGGAGCGACUACCUAUACAGGGCAGAGAGUGGAAGCCGGACGCGCAGGGCCAUAUGUUGCAGGCGUAUCUCACCGAGAGAUACGUGAUGGACAGUAAAAUCAAGCAGCAGUACCGCGUGGGUAACAGCAAGUUGGACAAACAAAUGCAAGAGAGGGAGAUUUAUCCACGGCAUCAAGAACCCGUAAGAUCUAGGCAUGUAGAGUCCAAUGGCGUCCCAACGGUGACGUAUACCGACCCCAGCAAGAUACAGCAGCACACGCUUGUGGAAAGCCGGGUGGUGAAGCACGCGACCAAGCAUACCAGCGACGACAUAAAGAUGGAAAUUCGGGAGAAGAUAUAUCAAAACAAUAUGGCAAUGGAGAGACGAGCGUUCGACUUGGAGGCAACUGCUCACAAGAACAAGGAACAGCCUAGUCGCUUGCUUCCUGAACGUGAGAGUUUCGAGCUUGUUUUAGCCAGCCCGGCCGUUGGUACGAGGCCGAGCAUCGAGUACGGUUUACCAAUGAGUAAGAACAACAACUCUAUGGACAGACCGGUUUAUCUCGUGGACGCGCCUGUCCUAAAUACACUAACCAAUAUCGAUCGCCAUUCACCGAAAUCUUUGAAUAUGGAUGCCAACAACCGAAUGCCGCUGAUGCAACACGCCAAUAUCGACGUCGACAGGGGCUCCAUGUUCAACGCGAUCAAGAUGAUAGGUGAAAUGGAAAGACCUAGGGAAUGUCACCUAGUUAAUCAGGAGAUAGUUCGAACAGCGAGCAAUGACGUGCGAAUGCAGAAUCAGAGCCCGCGGAAUCACGACCUGAGACCGCCCAGCAGGGAGAUCAGAACGCCCGGUCAAGAGUAUAGAGCGCAGAAUCAAGAGCUGAGGCUACCUAGUCAGCAGGAGUUGAAGAUGCGGGCUGGCCAGGAGAUGAGACCGCCUAGCCGCGAGUACAAGCCAUUCGCUCAUGAGAUGCAAGUCAUUCAGGAGCUUAUGCCGUCGACAAACAUAGAAAUGCGGCAAACAAGUUCUGAUAAUAGGCCGCCGAGCAGAGACAUGAGAGCUGUCUCGGAAUACAGAGCGCAGCCUCAAGAUCUCAGGCCCAGCUACGAGAUAAUGCAGUCGCCUAUGCACGAGCCUCCCAAGUCGCAGAACAUUGACGCGAGGAAUGCCGUACCGGUUGUCUAUCAUUAUGAAACGAAACACACCGCGGAGGCAACCAAACAAAAUGCACCGGAUAACGCGAAGCACACGGUAGCCAGGAAGAUAGUCGUCGGCGGCCCGGACUUUCGAUCGCCGUCGCCGUCGCCGAAUACGGCGAAUCCAAAACCGCAAGCGGAAUUUCUACAACCGUCGAGUGGGCCGGCGCCUAAUUAUGUUACUGUGACGGAGGACGGUAGGAGCGUGUGUGGAAUUUGCAACAAGGUAUUCAGCAAGCCUAGUCAGUUACGGUUGCAUAUCAAUAUUCAUUACUUCGAACGGCCAUUCAGAUGCGAAAGCUGCGCGGUUUCCUUCAGGACCAAGGGUCACUUGACGAAACACGAGAGAUCGGUUUCCCAUCACAAUAAGGUCAGCAUGACUUCUACAUUCGGUGCGGCAACCACCAGCAAUCCUAGGCCUUUCAAGUGUACAGAUUGUAAGAUAGCGUUCAGAAUACACGGACACUUGGCCAAACAUCUUCGCAGCAAGAUGCACAUUAUGAAGCUGGAGUGCUUGGGCAAGUUGCCGUUUGGCACAUACGCGGAAAUGGAAAGGUCUGGUGUCAACCUGAACGACAUUGACACCACAGACUGUGAUAAUAGUCUUACUAGUCUGCAGAUGUUGGCUCAACGAUUGUGCGAAAAGGACCCGGCCAAGAUCGCGCAAUGGGACUCUGAGAACGUGCCCGUCGCUCAGGCGGUGAGCGGCGGCGAAACUUCAUCGGACGAGGGCGAACCUAUACAAGCGCAGCAUGCGCUUCACGCUCAAUACGCAAAAGCGACCACGGACGCGGAUAUCUCCCGAUCAUAUCACGUGCCAAUCGCUAGCGAAGAAUCGAAAGCCAUUAACCACGAUGUUCGCCUUCGCAGUCCUCACUUCAGUCAGCAAAGGCGCGACUACGCCGUGAAGGAACAGCCGAGACCAAUCUCGGCCGCCGUUUCGUCGGAGGAUGCGAGGACGGGAGACAAUUUACAAACGUACAAGUGCCAAGUUUGCCCUGUAUCUACGCGUACCGUAAACGAAUUACAGGUACACUGUUUUGUUGAACAUAAUAUUGAAACAGAUUCUAGUACAAAUAUUGUUCAUGGAGAUAGGAGCGCGAGUAAAUAUAGGGAAAAAGAGAAUACUCAGAGAAGAAUUACGGAGGAAUCUUCCGCGGUUAAAGAGGAUCAUAGUAGACAAAAGAUAGAGGAUACAUAGUGCCAAAAUGAUAUAACGUGCUAAAGAAUUCUCGAUUGCUAUGGUAUUUGCCAUUACUACACGUAGAGAAAGAAAUUGCGUAAUGACAGUGUAUCGCGGAUGCGAUACCCAUACUUUUGCGAUUCUGAAGAAAUAUCUCGGUAUGAUUAGACUAGAGAUCUCUAAUUGAGAUCUCUCUUGAGGAAGUGUCAAAACGUUGACGCACCUUGAACGUCAAUGUGACAAGACGAGAAAUUUCGACGAAUCGUGAUGUCAUUUGCUAUCGAAGGGCCGUAUUCAUAGUCGGAUCUUAUAUUUAAGACCGUCUUGGGUUCACGUUCAGAUAUUCUGUAGCCAAUGAAAUGAUCUAUACAGCAUCUGAGGAUGAACUUAAGACGAUCUUGUAAUAUAACAUAAGACCGGACCCGAUGAAUACGGCCCGAAGAGUUGUAUACUUGUAUACGGGUUCGAAAUUUUACGUUGCCGUUACUGAAUGUUUGGUAAAGUUCUAUGGAUUUUAAAGUUUAUCGGCGAAUAGGAGAGACGCGAGAGAAAACAUGAAUAACUGAUGAUAAUGUGUAAAUCUGAAUAGCGUUAAUAUGUAUACAAUUGCGCACGAAUCACUGAGAAGCAUUGUCUCGAUCAUGUUUCUUCUACCACAGGUACCAGUUCACUUGUAACUGCCUGUUCGUACUGCAAAGCCGUAACGACAUAAUCGCUCGUAUAGUCCACCUCUAAGACUUUUCCUCUCGAAACCGGCACGUAUAACGCGUAAGUAAACAAAAAGAAGAAAACAGCAAAAACAUUAACGUAGCUCGAGUAUCUGAUAAUAAUUAUAAUAUUUAUACACACACAAUAGUGUCGUAGCAAGCAUGAGGUGCAAUGUGGACUGGCAUGUGAUCCUGUAUUUAAAGUGCAAAUGUUGCGUUCAACGUUAAAGAGUAUUCUAAUAUUACAAAAUGAUUAUUAUACUUUAAAAAUUGGUACAUGAAGCUUACACACACACACACACACACAUACACACACACACACACAUUUGUAUGAUAUUAGUAUGGACAUUUAUGAGAAUUAUUGUUGAUAUAAGAGGAAAUGUGUUUGUAUAUAUUUAUGUAUAAUAUACUGAGACACCGUGUUAGUUUUUAUUAUUAUAGUUUUAAGAACUCAGUAAUCAGGAGCUAUGUCGGUUACUCAGAUUAUACAACAUAAAAUUAUAUAUUAAUUCUCUAGUUUGCAUAUCUUUUCUCGAACAGUAUAUUUAUGUGUGGAAAGAAAAAGCACAUGACAAAUAUCGACAAUUUGAUUUUAUCUGAGAUAUUCUAAACACGAUGAUUUGAUAUCGUUAUUUAUUUUCUAAAUAUUCUGCACAAUCUCGUAUAUUCAGUUAAUCUGAGGGACCGAUGAUUCGCUGAUUCUGUUUAAGACAUUUAAGGAGCCGCAUACCUUCCAUGAGCGACAGCUACUGUAUCUUAUAAUUAACCAUCUAUCUAAUACUACGUACAGUCUCAACAUCUCACUCAAGCACAAGAACAUGUCUUUCCUACCGCAUAAUCAGACUCCGAUUAUCACGAUUUGUACCUAGAUGUGCUUGAGCUAAGAUAAUAGUGGUAUGGAUAGGCAAUGACCGCACAAUUGUAUACAAUGAGGUCCAGGUCUGAGUGAUUGUCACUAAACGAUAUCAGUGUAGCAUAGUCUAACCUAGCAUUUUGAUGUAUAUCUAUUUCCUAAUUCCUAAUUCUAUCAACUCUAACCGCGAUACUACGUAUGAGCUUCCAAGAUGUGUACACGUGUAUGUAUCCGAAAUGCCAAGCCAACAAUUUGCAUUCUCGAGAGAACUAGCGAGAGAAAGCAUACAUCUUUUAGCAGUGCCAUCGCCAAAAUCGACUUUCGAACGGUAACGUAAUUCUUAAAACGCGAUAUUUCCCGACGACGAUGUAGUGUAUGUAUGUAACGUCUUUCUCUCUCUUUCUCCCUUCCCCUCCCCCCUCCUCUCUCUCUCUCUCUCUCUCCUUUGACUACUUACAUGUGUACUUGUAUGUGAUUACAAAAAGAUGUACUUUUUCCAAAUUAUAGAUUCAUAUUAUAAUAUAUAUUUUCGGAACGUUGUCGUGUGUCUGUAGAAGUAUCAGAUAUUUUUCAAUGUAUACAUGACGAGCGUGUCAUUUACAUAUCAAAUCCAUCGUCCCUUUUCUCUCGCUCUCUGUUAUGCGUUUCGCCAUCUUAUCGAACAUGUCAGUACAAGAUAGAUGAUGUCGUAACGAACUUACAGUUUUACCGUGUCCUUGCCGACAGUAAAGUCCCCUCCAACAGCCUCAGACACAUGUACGCGAUGAGAAACAUCGAAAGGUACUUUGCGAACUCAAACAACCGCCAAAACGCACAACCGUACGCGGAAAAACCGAUCGCGAUCUAAGAGAUUUCCCGCGCGGUACGAAACACGAUCGCGUCUCGAAUACGCACUUGAACAUAGCUGCGAGUCAACGAUUCUCGAACGUUGAGUUGCUCUCGAAAUACUGCAUCGUGACAUCGUGUUUUAUUACACACAAACGGUUAUAUAUUAAAUAUAAAAGUCGUAUUUCGAACAUGGCUCAAUGUAAACGAGAUAUCAAUACUUGUAUUUCCACACCCAAGAUUUCUGCCUUCAAAGUAAGAAUUUUGAGAUUCAUCAGGUUUGUCUCAAUUCUAAAUGAUAAUCGUUCCGAAUGACCAAUUAUAUUCCAAUUCCUUUCUUCAGCAGCAGAUUCGACCGAGUAAUUGUUCACGAGCGUACAACUGAAAACAUCAAGUAGUCUGUAUAAUGCGAUAAAUAAUUAUCGAAAGAACUACGACGUUAGUAAGUAACGAUAUCUCUUAAGUGGAGCGAGUUUAACGCGAGUUUAAUCCGAUAAAUUACAUCGUAAACCACAUUGGCGAUUCUCAAGAACAAGAACAGUUGGCUUGGCUUCUUCCAAACUCAGUAUUAGAAGACUUUGAGAACGGUGAUGGAAAAAAGAAACAAAGAAAGGUGAAACUUGUACGCGCGACUUGUAGACCGUUCUACUACAAAUUACAUUUUACAGAGACGUCGACU